AUGUUUCAAGACUACUGCAGAGCCCCGGACUGCCUAUUCCAGUUUGGGCCGGCAUGCGAUGCUAACCAAGUCCCUUCUGGUCAAAACACCUCCAGCAUCGCCCGUCCCCAGCUUGGUCAAGUCGCGUAUGGGGGUCCUGGGGUUUACAGCUGUGUGAACCCAGGAGAUGUUGCUCUGACUUUCGACGAUGGUCCGGACAAGUACACCUCUGAUCUUCUGGAUCUCCUCAAACGGUACAAUGCUUCGGCGACCUUCAUGGUCACAGGUAACAACAACGCCAAGGGCAAGAUCGAUAAUAUGACCCUGCCUUGGGCGAACAUCAUCAAGAGAAUGUACAGCGAGGGUCAUCAGAUUGCCAGUCAUACAUGGUCUCAUGCUGAUUUGUGCAACAUCACUUCGGCGCAGCGCAAGGAUGAGAUGUACAAGCUGGAAAUGGCUCUGCGUAACAUCAUUGGUGUCUUCCCUACCUACAUGAGGCCUCCUUUCUCCUCAUGCAAUGCCGAGUGCGGCUGCGAGGAUGAUAUGGCUGCACUGGGCUACUCUGUCAUCUAUUUCGACCUGGACACCCAAGACUACCUUCACGAUAGCCCAACAGAGAUUGCCCAGUCCAAGACAAUCGUCGACCAGGCCAUAGCCGCCAAGCCCGCUCCCAGCGACAACUUUCUCGUCAUUGGCCAUGACAUCCAUCAGCAGACGGUGUACAACCUUACAGAGUAUAUGCUUCAGAAGUUCCAGGGUAAGCAAAUGGUUACCCUUGGCGACUGUCUCGGAGAUCCUAAGACAAACUGGUACCGCGCCGAUACCCGCACCACUCUCGGCGCUUGA